CUCCUACUUCCCGGGCUCCCAUCCCAAUUUCGGCUGGGAAUUCGGAGCCUGCCCUGCAGCGGCUCGGAAGAUCCGAGGCGGGGGGAGACCAGUCGGCGCCCCAGAGCGGACGAGUCACCAGGUGUCAAGAUGCUGCGAGUACAUAAGACUGCACUGGGCAGGCUAGGGGUCAGCCUCGCCAGGCAUCUUCAUUACAAAGCUGUGUUGGCCGUCCGGAGGGAGGAUGUGAAUGCCUGGGAGAGAAGGGCUCCUUUAGCUCCCAAGCACAUCAAAGGCAUCACCAAUCUGGGAUACAAGGUCUUGAUACAGCCUUCGAAUCGGCGGGCAAUUCAUGAUAAGGAAUAUGUCAAAGCUGGUGGCAUUCUUCAGGAGGAUAUUUCUGAAGCUUGUCUAAUUUUGGGAGUUAAAAGACCUCCAGAGGAAAAAUUAAUGUCCAGGAAGACUUAUGCAUUUUUCUCCCACACAAUAAAAGCUCAGGAGGCCAAUAUGGGCUUGUUGGAUGAGAUUCUAAAAAAGGAAAUUCGACUUAUUGAUUAUGAGAAAAUGGUGGAUCAUAGAGGAGUACGGGUAGUGGCAUUUGGACAGUGGGCUGGUGUGGCAGGGAUGAUCGACAUUUUACAUGGAAUGGGUUUACGACUCCUUGCUUUGGGACAUCACACACCUUUUAUGCACAUUGGCAUGGCUCAUAACUACAGGAAUAGCAGUCAGGCUGUGCAAGCUGUCCGUGAUGCUGGCUACGAAAUAUCUCUAGGUUUGAUGCCUAAGUCAAUAGGGCCCUUAACAUUUGUGUUCACAGGAACUGGUAAUGUUUCUAAGGGAGCCCAGGCAAUCUUUAAUGAGCUACCUUGUGAAUAUGUGGAACCCCAUGAAUUAAAAGAAGUUUCCCAAACUGGAGACCUCAGAAAAGUGUACGGGACUGUGUUAAGUCGCCAUCAUCAUCUUGUCAGGAAAACAGAUGGUGUGUAUGAUCCUGCAGAGUAUGACAAACAUCCUGAGCGCUACAUAAGUCGUUUUAAUACUGAUAUUGCACCCUAUACAACUUGCUUAAUUAAUGGAAUCUACUGGGAACAAAACACUCCUCGCCUCCUAACUCGCCAAGAUGCUCAGAGUCUCCUGGUUCCAGGCAAGUUCUCAGCUGCUGGUGUGGAAGGCUGCCCUGCACUACCACACAAACUUGUGGCAAUAUGUGACAUUUCAGCUGACACAGGAGGGUCUAUAGAGUUUAUGACCGAGUGUACAACAAUAGAACGUCCUUUUUGCAUGUAUGAUGCAGACCAGCAUAUUAUUCACGACAGUGUUGAAGGCUCUGGGAUCCUGAUGUGUUCUAUUGACAAUUUGCCAGCACAGCUCCCAAUUGAAGCUACGGAGUGCUUUGGAGACAUGCUUUACCCUUACGUUGAAGAAAUGAUAUUAUCAGACGCGACACAGCCUCUUGAAAGUCAAAAUUUUUCUCCUGUGGUGAGAGACGCAGUGAUUACAUCCAACGGUACAUUACCGGAUAAAUAUAAAUAUAUCCAGAAACUCCGGGAAAGCAGGGAACGUGCUCAGUCACUUUCAAUGGGCACCAGGAAAAAGGUUUUGGUUCUUGGAUCUGGCUAUGUAUCUGAGCCCGUACUAGAAUAUUUAUCAAGAGAUGACAAUAUAGAAAUAACAGUAGGCUCUGACAUGAGGAAUCAAAUUGAACAGUUAAGGAAGAAAUAUAAUAUCAAUCCUAUUAGCAUGGACAUUUGUAAACAAGAAGAGAAGCUGGGCUUCUUGGUGGCAAAACAGGAUCUUGUUAUCAGCUUGUUGCCGUAUGUAUUGCACCCUCUUGUGGCCAAGGCUUGCAUCACAAACAAAGUUAACAUGAUCACUGCAAGCUACAUCACACCAGCACUAAAAGAAUUGGAAAAAAGUGUGGCAGAUGCUGGCAUCACAGUCAUUGGUGAAUUGGGAUUGGACCCUGGUCUGGAUCACAUGUUAGCAAUGGAAACAAUAGAUAAAGCCAAGGAAGUGGGAGCCACGAUUGAAUCAUAUAUUUCAUACUGUGGUGGACUUCCUGCUCCUGAACAUUCAAACAAUCCAUUGAGAUAUAAAUUUAGCUGGAGUCCAGUGGGAGUUUUGAUGAAUGUAAUGCAGCCUGCCACCUAUCUGCUCAAUGGAAAGGUCGUGAAUGUUGCAGGGGGCAUCUCCUUCCUUGAUGCCGUGACGUCCAUGGAUUUUUUCCCAGGAUUAAAUUUGGAAGGCUAUCCUAACAGAGACAGUACGAAAUAUGCUGAGAUUUAUGGCAUUUCUUCUGCUCACACUUUGUUGCGGGGGACACUGAGAUACAAGGGAUAUAUGAAAGCUUUGAAUGGAUUUGUAAAAUUAGGUCUUAUAAACAGAGAAGCGUUUCCUGCCUUUAGACCUGAGGCCAACCCUCUCAGCUGGAAAGAACUCCUCUGUGACCUAGUUGGGAUUUCACCCUCCUCUGAACACGAUGUGUUGAAGGAUGCUGUUCUUAAGAAACUAGGAGGCGACAGUACCCAGCUGGAGGCUGCUGAAUGGUUGGGCUUACUUGGGGAUGAACAAGUCCCUCAGGCAGAGUCCAUUGUGGAUGCCCUCUCCAAGCAUUUGGUCAUGAAGCUUUCCUAUGGCCCCGAAGAAAAAGAUAUGAUUGUGAUGAGAGACAGCUUUGGAAUCAGACAUCCUUCUGGACAUUUAGAAAAUAAAACGAUUGAUCUUGUGGUUUAUGGGGACAUCAAUGGCUUUUCAGCCAUGGCUAAAACUGUGGGGUUACCCACUGCCAUGGCAGCCAAAAUGUUGCUUGAUGGUGAAAUUGGAGUCAAAGGCCUAAUGGGGCCCUUUUCAAAGGAGAUCUAUGGACCAAUACUGGAGCGAAUUAAAGCAGAAGGCAUUAUAUAUACUACACAGAGUACAAUUAAACCAUAAUUGGAAAUUAUAUUUCACUGUUUUCUUCCCAGGCAAUACAGCUCUGAAGAGGUCUGUGAUAAACAGACUUGCCGAUGUGCUGUUUUAAAAUAUAAACCAUAAUAUGUUUUGGUUAA